CAAGUCCUGAUUGAAAUGCGUCUCACAUCUGUGCAGCUCAGCAGUAACUCAUGUGAGUGUGCGGCACAGUACUUGCGCUGCGCGAGACGGAGGUGUGCUGGGCGGUUGCCAUCAGAGGGGAGGGCGGAACUCCGGUUAAAUACCGGAGACAUCAAAGAGAGGCAGUCACAGCAUCAGCCCGCGAAACAUCAGUGUCCGGAACACGGAGAGAACAUGGCAAAUGCGUACCUGCAAGGAGUAGAGAUCUCCGCGUCUCAGUUCCUGGAUAUUUUCCAUCAUUAUGACAACGAUGGUAAUGGAUAUAUUGAAGGGAAGGAGUUGCAGAAUUUUAUCAAAGAACUUCAACAAGCUCGAAAACAAGCAGGACUGGAACUAACAGACAAAAUGAAAGCUUUUGUGGAGAAAUAUGAGCAAAAUGCUGAUGGGAAAAUAGGUAUCAUUGAGCUGGUACAAAUACUACCAACAGAGGAAAACUUCUUGCUAUUUUUCAGACAACAGCUAAAGUCCUGUGCAGAAUUUAUGGAGGCGUGGAGAAAUUAUGAUGCUGAUCACAGUGGAUACAUUGAAGCUGAUGAACUUAAGAACUUUUUGAAAGACCUGCUUCAGAAAGCCAAAAAACCAUAUGAUGAAAAGAAAUUAGAAGAAUACACACUGACUACGCUGAAAAUUUUCGAUUCAAAUAAAGAUGGGAAAUUAUGUCUGUCAGAAAUGGCAAGGCUGUUACCAGACCAGGAGAACUUUCUACUAAAAUUUCAGGGUGUUACAAUGGCCAGAAAAGAGUUCAACAAGAUUUUUGAGUUAUAUGAUCAGGACAGGAACGGUUACAUGGAUGAAAAUGAGCUUGAUGCCCUUCUCAAAGACCUUUGCGAGAAGAACAAUAAGGUUCUAGAAGUCAGCAAAAUCCCGACAUAUAAGAGCGCCAUCAUGGCCCUGUCUGAUGGAGGGAAGCUCUACAGAACAGAGUUAGCACUAGUGUUGUGUGCAGAGGAGAUGUGAAUCCCACCAUCCACAAUACCCACCCCUUCAUACUCACACCAUCCCAGAACCAUUCCUCUGCUCACCUGUGAAGUGUAAAGUAUCUAGAACCUAAUGCAUAUUUCUGUUCUUUCAUUUAGAAAAUUUAUUUCACAUAAACAGGCAACCAUUGGCACAUACU